CGGCCCGCGUCCGUGUUACUCAGCGGAGGGGCCGAGGCCGGACGACGCGGUCCGGAGCGCGGAGCCGCGAGCAGCGCUGGGUAACGGCCACGGCGACCGCCAAGACGGCGCCGGUUCCCGCCGCCGGGCUUUCCUGUCGCCAUUCGUUGCACUGCCGGCUUCUCGGUGAAUUUUUGGAUGAAGCCAUUAAAUUAAUUGCUUGCCACCAUGAGCAGAAGCAAGCGUGACAGCAAUUUUUAUAGUGUAGAGAUUGGAGAUUCUACAUUCACAGUCCUGAAACGGUAUCAGAAUUUAAAACCUAUAGGUUCAGGAGCCCAAGGAAUAGUAUGUGCAGCUUAUGAUGCCAUUCUUGAAAGAAAUGUUGCAAUCAAGAAGCUAAGCCGGCCAUUUCAGAAUCAAACUCAUGCUAAGCGUGCUUACAGAGAGCUAGUUCUUAUGAAAUGUGUAAAUCACAAAAAUAUAAUUGGCCUUUUGAAUGUUUUUACACCACAGAAAUCCCUAGAAGAAUUUCAAGAUGUUUACAUAGUCAUGGAGCUCAUGGAUGCAAAUCUUUGUCAAGUGAUUCAGAUGGAACUAGAUCAUGAAAGAAUGUCCUACCUUCUCUAUCAGAUGCUGUGUGGAAUCAAGCACCUUCACUCUGCUGGAAUUAUUCAUCGGGACUUAAAGCCCAGUAAUAUAGUAGUAAAAUCAGACUGCACUUUGAAGAUUCUUGACUUUGGACUGGCCAGGACUGCAGGAACUAGUUUUAUGAUGACACCUUACGUAGUGACUCGCUACUACAGAGCACCUGAGGUCAUCCUAGGGAUGGGCUACAAAGAAAACGUUGACAUUUGGUCAGUUGGGUGCAUCAUGGGAGAAAUGAUCAAAGGUGGUGUUUUGUUCCCAGGUACUGAUCAUAUUGAUCAGUGGAAUAAAGUUAUUGAACAGCUUGGAACACCAUGUCCUGAAUUCAUGAAGAAACUACAACCAACAGUAAGGACUUAUGUUGAAAACAGACCUAAAUAUGCUGGAUAUAGCUUUGAGAAACUCUUCCCUGAUGUACUUUUCCCGGCUGACUCGGAACACAACAAACUUAAAGCCAGUCAGGCAAGGGAUUUGUUAUCCAAAAUGCUGGUAAUUGAUGCAUCUAAAAGGAUUUCUGUAGAUGAAGCUCUCCAGCACCCGUAUAUCAACGUCUGGUAUGAUCCUUCUGAAGCAGAAGCUCCACCACCAAAGAUACCUGACAAGCAGUUAGAUGAAAGGGAACACACAAUAGAAGAGUGGAAAGAAUUGAUAUACAAAGAAGUUAUGGACUUGGAGGAGAGAACCAAGAAUGGAGUUAUACGGGGGCAACCCUCUCCUUUAGGUGCAGCAGUGAUCAAUGGCUCUCAGCAUCCAUCGUCAUCAUCGUCUGUCAAUGAUGUGUCUUCAAUGUCAACAGAUCCGACUUUGGCCUCGGAUACAGACAGCAGUCUAGAAGCAUCAGCUGGACCUCUGGGCUGCUGUAGAUGACUACUUGGGCCUU